CGCAGGUAACGUUAAGAGAGAGAUGACAAGAGGCGGCGUGUAAACACAGGGGUGUUGGGGGGGGGGGCGAACAUGGCGUCCAACAAGAAGACUGGUGGAAGUAACAGAUUUGAGCAAAGUGUGAAAGGGAGACGCUCGUCUAAACACAAAGAGGCUCCAGUGGUGAUGGACACCAAGGCCGUGUUUGCGGCCCUGUACGGCGUGUGUGAAGAGAACGCCGCCUUCUUCUCCGGAGGCUCCAAGGGGUCGCCGGGGGACGCGGCCCAGCGGCUCGUGGACACCAUGGUCCUCAUCCAGGGGCACGCUCACAACCUGGAGCCCGUCGUCUCCGGCUUCGCUGCCGUUUACCACCAUUUUGACUUUGACCCCCACAUACCGGCCAACGGCUACCGCUCGCUGGUCAAGGUUGUGCGCUGCUGCAUUCUCCACAUCAUCCAGAAGGGGCGCUACAUCACCGCCAACCGCCGCAGCAUCUUCUUCCGAGUGGCUCACAACGCGAGGGAGAUGGAGGCCUACUGCAACGCUCUGUGCCAGCUGCGCGCGCUGCUCUACCUGGCGCAGCGCAUGCUCCACGACAACAGCCACGGAAACCUCUUUUUCCACGAUGAAAGCGGCCUCAGCGAGAGCUUCGUCCGCGAGUACUCGUCCAUGCACAAGGGGUGCUUCUACGGGCGCUGCCUGGGCUUUCAGUUCAGUCCAGCCAUCCGGCCGUGUCUCCAGACCCUCGCCAUUGGCCUCGUGGCCUUCGGAGAAAACUACAAACGCCAUCAGUCCGGAAUAGGUGUCGCAGCCAGCUCCAUCUUCACCUCAGGGAAGUACGUCAUCGACCCAGAGUUGAGGGGGGCUGAAUUUGAACGCAUUACCCAGAACCUGGACGUCCAUUUCUGGAAGAGCUUCUGGAACAUCACUGAGACCGAAGUCCUGUCGGGUCUUGCCAGUAUGACAUCCACGCAGGUCAAGGUGAACCGGGCUCUCUCUGUGCCCCCCCUGUCCUUUGACCUCCCCCUGAUGGCCGACCCCACAGCAUCUGUAACCAUCGCUCCCCCGUCCGCACACAUCGGCCCUGCUCCGGUCCAGAUGAGGCUCAUCUCGUAUGACCUGCGUGAAGGACAGGACAGUGAGGCUCUGCUAUCUCUCGCUCGCUCUGAAGGGGGCGCCAUCUCUCUGUCGCUGGGGCUGAAGACGAAGCGCCUCCCCCCCUCCCCCUGCCUCCUGGUGCACUUCCACGGGGGAGGGUUUGUGGCCCAGACCUCCAAGUCACACGAGCCCUAUCUGAAGAGCUGGUCCCAGGACCUUAGUGUCCCCAUACUGUCAGUGGACUACUCUCUGGCCCCCGAGGCCCCGUUCCCAAGGGCCCUGGAGGAGUGUUUCUACGCCUACUGCUGGGCCCUGAGGAACCACCACCUGCUGGGUUGGACCGGAGAAAAAGUGUGUCUGGCCGGUGACAGCGCGGGGGGCAACUUGUGUGUGACGACGACGAUGCGAGCUGCUGCCUUCGGUGUGCGGAUGCCAGAUGGCAUCGUCGCAGUCUACCCGGCGACCCUCCUGACGGCCUACGCCUCGCCCUCCCGUCUGCUCACGCUUAUGGACCCCCUGCUGCCGCUCAGCGUGCUCUCCAGGUGCCUCAGCGCCUACGCAGGCAGCGAGCCGCAGGCGGAGGCGCAGGUGGAGAAAGCGAGCGCGCUGAGCCUGGUGAGGAGAGAUACGGCCCUGCUGCUCCGAGAUAUGCGACAGGGCGCCUCCGACUGGAUCCGCUCGCUGCUGGACUCGAACAGAGCCGCGCCCCCCCCCGCCGGCGCCGCUGAAGACGAGCCGCCGGGAGCCACCGACACAGUGAGGAAGAGCAUUUCCGAGGCGUGCUUCUCUUCUCCUCACGCCGACCCCCCCGUCGCCUCAGAGUCCCCCUCCAGGAAAUUAUCUUCGAGGAGCCAGACCUGCCAGGACCUGGGAUCCAACAACCACUCCACUUCCCACUGUGCACCGCUGCUCGCUGAACGCGUGCCAGAAGAGGUGAAUUUUUUCUUCUCCAAGGAUCCAGAGCCCCCCCUGUCCAGGGACCUGUUUUCAGUGGCCAUACCGCCCCCUGCUGGACAGGAGGGAUCGGAGCUGGAGCACCCCAGGGAGUUCCCCCUGGGGUUCGAGCCGCUGCGCUCGGAGCAGCUGUCCGAGAUGACGAUGCAGAGCUCUCCGGUUGUCAAGGACCCGUUCUGCUCCCCCCUGCUGGCCCCCGACAGCAUGCUGAGAGGGCUGCCGCCUGUUCACUUGGUGGCCUGCGCGCUGGACCCCAUGCUGGACGACUCCGUGAUGUUCGCCAAGCGCCUGAGGAGCGUGGACCAGCCGGUCACGCUGUGCGUGGUGGACGACCUCCCCCACGGCUUCCUCAGCCUGUCGCAGGUCUGCCGGGAGACCAAGGAGGCCGCCGACGUCUGCGUGGAGCGGAUUCGCGCCGUCUUCACCCGGGAGGACGCGCCCCCGGAGCCGCGCAAGCACCGCAAGCUGGAGCGGACCGACAGGGGCGCCUCCCCCGCUGAGGGAGGGGGGCCUGCCGUGGGGAACUCUGACGGGGAGGGCGGCGCUGCCCGGGCCGCGCCCAACGACGCGGACGCCGUUGGUGUCGUGCCGUAAAUGUGGUCCGGCAAUAGAACCCCGGUGGACUCUGAGUGAAGGGAGGAAGUAAGCGGAAGUAGGGAGGGGGUGAGACUGGGAGGGAGGGGGUG